ACCGGGCCCAAAUUACAGCGAAUUCACAGACAACCCGACCCGAAUCGAGCUGAGCCAGACCGAACCGGACUAGGACCGGGUGGCGUCCGGCAGCAGGGAUGGCUUUACCAGCCCAAUGCCCUGGAGAGACACACUAGCAGCAUCCUCGGCUGGGCUUCCAUUGUGUGGUCUCUCUCUUACUACACAUCUCCACUCCUUGUGUUUUACCUCUACAGAAAAGGGUACAUCUGCUUGUCUAAACUGGUCCCAGUUGGUCAGUAUACUGGAACGCUGCUCAUCCUGUUACUGGGAGUGGCCUGUCUGAGAGGAAUCGGAAGAUGGACCAACCCUGAAUACGUCCAGUUCAUCACUAUUCUGGAAGAGACCAAGAAGAACAACAGUCCACAGAACAAGAAAAAGCUGGCUUCUUAUAACUUUGACUUCCGAAGCUGGCCUGCUGAUUUCCAUUGGGAUGAAGUCAGUAGCAGGAAGGGACAGUCGCCAGGUGGCGUGUCCUUGCUGAAGCCAGAGUCAAAACACAGAGGGGCGACAAACAGCGUUCUGAACUCGGUGGGAAAGCUGCCCUGUCAGAUUAUCAGUUAUUUGAUAGCUAACUCAUUUGGGCGGAGAAUGCUGUACCCUGGAUCGGUUUCCCUCCUGCAGAAAGCCAUGAUGCCCAUGCUGAACCAGGGGCAGGCACGCCUGGUGGAAGAGUGUGGAGGUCAGAGGGCGAAGCUGGUGGCCUGUGAUGGGAACGAUAUUGACACCAUGUUCGUAGACAAGAGGAACAGCCAGGGAGAGAAAGGAAAGAAACUGGUUAUUUGCUGUGAAGGAAACGCAGGCUUCUAUGAAGUGGGCUGUGUGAACACACCUUUGGAAGUUGGAUACUCUGUUCUGGGCUGGAAUCACCCUGGCUUUGGAGGAAGCACAGGAGUGCCAUUCCCUCAAAACGAAGCCAAUGCGAUGGAUGUCGUGGUGCAGUAUGCUAUUCACAAGCUGGGUUUCGAGCUGAAGGACAUUGUGAUCUAUGCCUGGUCUAUUGGUGGUUUCACAGCCACCUGGGCUGCCAUGUCAUACCCAGAAGUCAGUGCUCUGGUCCUGGACGCCUCAUUUGACGACCUGCUGCCUCUUGCCCUCAAAGUAAUGCCUGAAAGCUGGAGGCCCCUAGUAACAAGAACUGUGCGCCAGUACAUGAACCUCAACAACGCGGAGCAGCUUUGCAAGUACCAGGGUCCUGUCCUUCUCAUAAGGAGAACCAAGGAUGAAAUCAUUACAACUACAGGUCCGGAGGAUAUCAUGUCCAACAGGGGGAACUACUUGCUGUUGCGCCUCCUACAGUUCAGGUACCCCAAAGUAAUGACUGAAGAGGGGGUCCGUGCUGUCAGAGAAUGGCUGGGUGCAAGCAGCGCUGUCGAAGAAGCCUCCGUGUACAGUCGCUAUGAGGUGGAUGAUGACUGGUGCACCUCUGUAUUGCAAUCCUACCAGACAGACCAGACCACAGAAUUUCCCUGGACCGUCGGAGAGGACAUGGCUUUAGAAGGAAGAAGACAGCUGGCUCUGUUCCUGGCUCGAAAGUACAUGAGGAAUUUUGAUGCCACCCACUGUACCCCCCUCCCUCCCUACGAGUUCCAGUCACCAUGGAGAUUGUAACCGUGCACCAGUGGGGAAACCGUUUGCGGGCGAUUUCUACUUGAAGCAUCCAAGAUGCGCUUUCUAUACUCUGUUCGAGCGAGCCCGCAGUCUGUAACAAAAUAAUUUGAGGUCGUUUUAGCAACAGCCUGGUUUAGCAGUAGGGGUGCUGAAGGGAUCUACAUUUUAAUUGCUUUGUCAUGUUUCCUUUUUGUAUUGUUUCUGGGUUCUGUUGUUCUUAUACUGUUAGGUUAUAAUAGUUUCUGUCAGUCUGGCGUUACCUGGCUUUGAGCUUGUCUGGAGAAUCCUAGGCGCUGGCGAACGGCUUUCUUAGUCCUGUUCAAAUCCUGUGACGAUGUAACCUUUUGAUCUUUUUUUGUUUUUUCGUUGAAGACAUUUUAAAGAAAUCGCGCUGCUCUAGGCAAUGUGUUGAAUCAUUAACCGUAAGCAAACUAAACCGGCUGCCAGAUUCCUGAAUGCAGUGUAACAGGUACUGUGUCAAUAAGGCAAACACGUUUUUAUAUAUAUAUAAUUUUUACACUAUUUCAAAAACGGGAAUUUCACAGGCAACUACAUAUUACACGGCAAUGGGUAAAGAUAAUAGAAAUAGUGAAAUCUGUUGUAACUGUCAAAAUAAAUAAAUACAGCCUUCCCCAUAAUCACUCCGAAUGAUUGCAAACUCCAUGCAAUAGUAAGAACAAGACAGCAACUACGCUAGCAGUUCAACUUGGGAUGGGGGAUUGGGAUACCCUGAUCUAUCGCUCUCUCCCCCUCCCUCCCUCCCUCCAAGGCCAGUUCUUUAUCUCACUAAACAAAUCACAACUGAUGCAUAUUAUUAUAAACUUGUGUUCUUUACUGUAAAUACUUCUGUAUUUUAUUUCUUCAGUAUGUCGUCUUAAAACGCAUUCUCUUUCUGAUUCCAUACCCAGUCAGGAGGAUAAGUUCAGUGGUGUUUUGAAAUCUACCUGAUUUUUCCCAUCUGUUCUUAAAAUAUUGGUGAUGCUGCCACACCAGGAAAGACGAGACGGUGCCUUGCAGCGAUCAAGACCUAAUUCGCUAGCCUCUCCUGUCUGGGUUUCAGUCUGAGGGACGGGUGGAGCAGUGUGAGCUAAUUCGCUAGCCUCUUGUUUCUGUGGAGGCCUUGGCUGUAAUCUGCUCAGGUCAGGACUGAAAUUAGGUUGUGAGUUGCAACGUGGGUAUCACAAAAGAUCUUCAGACACUUGGCAUUAUUAUAAUUGUGUGCGUAAGGCCCACGGAGCUUAAAAUAAAAAGGUCCAGGAGCGAAAAAAUAAAUCAAUCGUCUGGAGGUUUUAUAACUGCUUGUUAAUAUACAUUUUGGCUGUUAAGCCAUUUAAAAUUGUUAAGUGGGGAACCUGUGCCAGUCUAGUUUCUAUACGUAUUCACGAGAUCAUUGAGUAGGAACAUACAGAAGUGCAGAGAUUGCUUGAAGCCAGGUUGUUGAAAAGUCUGUGGUUGUGUUAUAAUAAUUAAUAAUUAUUUUUAAUGUGUUUGCAGAAGAACAGUGGCACAAUGCUGUUUUUUUUUUUUCUUCUUACAUCUUGUUUGCUGUAAGACAAUAAACAAGGAAAAAAUCA